AUGGCCACUCCUCCCCCCAAGGAGUCAAGACGAUCACGUCCACCUACUGCGCAACGCGACGAGCCUCACAAUCCGCGUCGGAAGUUCCGUCGGCGCACGACAGACUCCCUCUCCGAUUCCCGCGAAUUCCAAUCAGACGAUGAAUCCCGCUCAUCCAUGUCCGAAUCACUAGAAUUAGAGCCCAUCGGUUCGGACGGCGAGGAGGUUGAUGAAGAGACGGGCCUCACAGGCAAAGAACGUCAGAAAUACUUGCAGCGCAAGCGACGACAGGAUGCUCUGGAUGCUCGAAUUGGGGGUGCCAGCAGUCUUUCCCUUGACGACGAACGGAAGGCUGCUGACCGCAAUGUCACUCGCAAGUUGAUCGUCAACGCCAUGCUGAUUGCAGCGUGGUACGUCUUUUCGUUGUCAAUAUCCCUAUACAACAAGUGGAUGUUCUCGUCCGAGCAUCUAGACUUCCACUUCCCUAUGUUCACGACAUCGCUCCAUAUGAUUGUGCAGUUCCUACUAGCUGCCACAAUCCUCCUCAUAUUCCCGAAGCUGCGGCCUUCUGUACCGCCAAACCCUCAUGGCGAGACCAAGCCCCUUGUUACACCACUCUUCUACUUUACGCGUCUCGUGCCCACCGGGACGACAACCUCGCUCGAUAUUGGACUUGGCAAUACUUCGCUCCGCUAUAUCACAUUGACCUUCUAUACUAUGUGCAAGUCUUCAGUACUCAUCUUCGUCCUCACGUUUGCAUUCCUCUUCCGACUCGAGAAGCCGUCCGUCAAGCUAAUUCUCAUCAUACUCACCAUGACUGGAGGUGUCCUAAUGAUGGUAUUCGGUGAGACCGCUUUCCACGCGCUGGGUUUCGCUUUGGCAAUGAGCGCGUCCUUCUUCUCCGGCUUCCGGUGGGGCCUGACCCAGAUUCUCAUGCUGCGGCAUCCUGCAACCUCGAAUCCUUUCGCCACCCUCUUCUUCCUCGCACCUAUCAUGUUUGCAACUCUCUUCACCAUCUCGCUCUUCGCCGAGUCCCCUUCCGCCAUCGUCUCCGGACUUCAUAUACUGGUGUCGGCCCAAGGCCUCGCGAAGUCGCUUUUGUUACUCAUCAUACCCGGAACUCUCGCAUUCUGCAUGAUUGCCGCGGAAUUCACGCUGCUGCAGCGAACAAGUGUCGUCACGCUGUCGAUCUGUGGAAUAUUCAAAGAAGUCGUCACUAUCAGUGCUGCGGGCAUCAUUUUCCACGAUGAAUUGAGUAUCAUCAACGUCUCAGGCUUAUUGGUUACGAUUGCAUGCAUCGCCUACUACAACUAUUUCAAAGUAAGCAAGAUGAGAGAGGAGGCCAGGGCAAAGCUCGCGAAGAAGACCGACGAUCAAGAUGACGACGUCGAGGUGGAUCAAGAAGCUUUUCGGGAAGAUGGCCCGAGUGAGAGGGAAGGGCUGAUGAACGGUCAGCCAAGAGAGAACAAUCGCCGUGGGAGCGAUUCUUCACCGCAACGACAGAGCUGA